AUGGCGGAUCUCUGCAAAUCCUCCUCGUUUUUCUCAGAUCAGCAUCUCUGCUACGCCGAUAUUCUCCUGCCUUUAGAGGUACGAGCGAGGAUUGAAGUAGCAGUUCUUAAUUUUCUCAAGAUCUUGAACUCUGCUUCUCCAGCAAUCUCUGAUCUUCCUCUGAUCGCUAGGAGGUCGAGUAACAGCCGAGUCGGUCAGGGACUUUUGAGCGACGUUUCUUGGAUUUUUCUAUCUCAUUCGUUUUGCACUAGGUCGUUGAUGAGACCAAAUGCUGCUAAAGCCUUUAUUCGAGUGUGGAAGGUAAUGGAAAUGUGCCUACGAAUUCUGGUUCAGGAAAAGCGGGUGACGCAGAGAGAGCUCUUCUACAAGCUGCUUUGUGGCUCACCAGAAUAUUUCACUUCUCAACUGCAAGUCAAUAGGACAAUCCAAGAUGUAGUGGCCUUGCUUCGGUGCAGCAGAUACAGUCUUGGAAUCAUAGCCUCCAGCAGAGGAGCUGUUGCUGGCCGCCUGUGGCUGCAAGAGCCAAACCAAGAGGUUGUGGACUGUUCUACAUGUGGCUCUUCCGGGCACGCUAUUUCUGGCGAUUUGAACUUGUUAGAGAAGAUGGCCAUGAGAACAGAUGCACGGUAUAUCAUCGUGGUGGAAAAGCAUGCGAUAUUCCACAGGCUGGCUGAGGAUUGUAUAUUCAAUACAAUUCCAAGCAUUCUUAUCACUGCCAGAGGCUAUCCUGAUAUUGCCACAAGGUUUCUUCUUCACCGAAUGAGCCGAGCUUUUCCAGACCUGCCAAUUUUAGCACUGGUUGACUGGAAUCCAGCAGGAUUGGCCAUCCUAUGCACCUUCAAGUUUGGAAGCAUUGGCAUGGGGCUAGAGGCAUACAGAUAUGCUUGCAAUGUCAAAUGGCUGGGACUGCGAGCUGAUGAUCUGCAGCUUAUACCUGAUGAAUCAUUGGUUCCAUUGAAGCCACGAGACCUGCAAAUAGCCAAAAGCUUGAUGCGCUCAGAGACUUUGCAGGUAAAAUUAACGAGUGCUCUUCGACAGGAAAAUUACAGAGAAGAGUUGGAAGUAAUGGUUCAGAGCGGUCGUAGGGCAGAAAUUGAAGCUCUGUAUUUCCAUGGGUAUGAUUUCUUAAGGAAAUACAUAUCAAAGAAAAUAGUACAAGUCAGUUACAUCUAAAAAGAUUGACUGUCUUUUUUCAAGUGUCCCAACCAAACUGCUUUCUAUUCUUGGACAUUUACUUUGGCCUCGCGACUCCAGGGGAAUGAGAGGAUGUAACAGAAAAAACAGUUAAGACUGCCACCAGGCAAAUCUUAGACUUUGACAGCUGAUCAAAAUGAGAUUGUUCAACCCUGUCUUGGUUUUUUUGAGAAUUCUACCACAUCAUCAAUCUUAUUCCAUGCAUUGCAGGACUUAAAAACGCAUACAAACAGUACUGUCUUUAACAAUACAAGCCUCGACUUAGAAGGAAAAUAAAUUUCCUAACUCUGUUUUCAGUCAAAACAAAUGAAUCUUACGGUAAAUACUCCCAAUAAUACAUUGAACAAUACAAUGAAUGGAUAUCAAAAUUUUGUUAAGAAGAAGAAGAAUAAGAAGACGGG